CAACUCAGUGUGGCGUCAGUUUUUGGCCAACAAACAUGGCAUCCAGCAUCCUUGGUGGUUUUGUGUCAUUCUUAAUUGUAUCAUUUGUGUCCUACAAUGCCAAUGCAGGAAUGGCAUUGGUGCAGGAUGAAAAGCCAGAAAUGAGGGAUAUUCAGAAGCACACAAUUGUGCCUGGCAACACACAUGAAAUGAUUUUGCACCACCUGAAGAAUGUUAGACCAACGCCUGUCAGGGAACUUGGUGAGACCCUGAACAUGAAAAGUGCUUCUGAUGGUCAAAAUGGGCAUACAACUGGGAUGAUGCACAGCUUUCCCAAAUCAGAUUCAACCGCAGGAAGUUCCACAAAAGGAAGCGAAUUUCCACAAGAACUCAUGAACGGCAAUGUUAACUUUGCACAAUUCAUCGAUCCACAAACUAGUACAACACCUGCUCCUCAGCCAGAGAUGAUUCAACCACCGGAGAAAUCGUCGAGGGAAAUCCUGGAGGAUACAUCCUCUACUUUAAAUUCGAAGAUAAAGGGCACUUACGAGGCGAGAUUGUACCCAGAGAAGCUAUUUGAUUUCUCGGAUGACAUCAGGAGAUCGUUCUCAGAGAAUGGGGUGAAACGGAGACGAAGACAUGUUUCCCAAGCAGGAACUGUCUCGGACAUGGAGGGGAUUCCUGAUAAAUCCCAAUUUUCAUACACUUGGAGAAGCAGAGAACUCCCAGUGAGAGCCUUUGUGAUCAACCUCAAAAAAGAUGGGAAUGAAGGAGAAAGGGGAAUUCAAGAUCUCGAACAUCCUGUUCCAGAAGCAAAUGAAAACACAAAGAACUUGAAAACUUUCCAAACGGAAAGCAGUCUCCCAACUGCUGAAGAAGACACUCAAAUCAAUCACACAAACAUCGUUAUCAAGCAUGAUGGGAUCCCUCGACUAUCAUUGGAAAAAGUCAACAUUGAAUUUUCGAUUCCGUCAUUGGGCCACCACCGACAAGAUCUGGGAACUACAUUGUUAAGACCUAUUGAAGAAAAUGUACAACAGAUGUCGCGCUUCUUGCGGAAGAGAAAGACUGCUACAAAACGGUUCAAGCGGGUCAAGAAAUUGCGUAAUCUGAUCCGAGAUAAACGCUCUGACGAUGAGGAGGAAGACGAAGACAUGCCAGCAAAUUGUGAAGAAGCUUUUGAUCCCUGCGCCUGUUUCCGGAAGAAACAUGCGCCCAAGGAUUGAACACGCUCCAGGUUUCCGAAAAUGGAAUGAUACUUUGAACCCACAUCCACAUAGACAAUAUACGCAGUUGAAUUGUGUUAAGUGAGAAAUACAGUCUGAAGGUUACAACAUGCACUCAAA